UGGUCAGGCAAUUAUUGCAAUAAUUUUCUCUUGAAGUAGGGUAUACGAUUUGUUGUUGAAACUCAUUUUCUACGCUAGGAUAUUGAAAGUUUGCGACUUUUCACAUUGCUUUUUGUUUCGGGCUUUAAAUGGAGAGGGGGACAGGCUAUUUACCAAUAUAUUAACUUGCCUUAAUUCCUAUUAAAUAAAUAAUGGACAGAUUUUUUUUAAAGGAAGGAAACAUUGCACUACAGGUUAUGUUGAUUUGUUCCCUCUUACCCUCCAGAUAUUGAGCAAAUAAGUAUUGGCUAAGCAAAUCACUGACUACACAGUAUUAUUAUCGGGCACCGUACGGGAAUAACUGAAGCCCUGACGUUUGCUACAAAUAAUAUUGAAAAGAGAAGAAAUCAUUAUUCGGAUUGGUUAUAAAUGUAUAUUAAGUGUUGUCGACGUUAUUUGAGGUGCAAUUCAAAGACGAAGAAGAAGAAUAGAAGUGUCAGGUGAUUUCAUCAACACGAGGAACCAUCUGGUGAUUGCAUCGCUAAGUUUACCCUGCUCCUGCGUGUUAUCCAUAAACUCCAGUGGAAGGGAGGAAGAGAAGGUGUAGCAGCACCGGUGCAGUGGCCCUCGCCUGAUAAAUGUCUACCUGCGCUGACAUUUUUAUGGGUCUUCAUCAGCCAAAGCUGCUCUGUGAGGCAGAUCUCCCAGGUGGAUCGUAGCAACGCGUCAACUCUAAUAGAGCCUCCCCCAGUCCACUCCCCAGCCAUCUGACAGACCCAACACACAUCAAAGUUUGUCUUCCUUCUAACAAUCAGGCUCUUCCACUCCGUGUCUGUACAGAGGGGGAUGUCUGUUAUCUAACUGCACUGUCUACCAAUCUACCAGCUCAGCUCAGUCCAAUCUAGCCCUGCUCCCCUGACUCAACUUCCGGCCACCCUCAGCCAUGGAGGACUAUGAGGUGUGCUCGGCCGCCAGUAUUCUGGCUUCGGUGAAAGAGCAGGAGGCGCGUUUCGAGCGUCUGACCCGGGCGCUGGAGGAGGAGCGACGCAACGUCUCCCUGCAGCUGGAGCGUUCCAACAUAACAGCCGACAGGCUGGGAGGGACUGGGCCUAAUGCUAACCUGCCACCCAAUAGCCAACCCCUGGCCUGGCAGCAGGUGGUGAUGCAGGAGCAGAGCCCCAGUAACCAGACGUCUCUGGCCAUGAUGCAGGAGCCCCAGGAGAUGGUGGAGGAGACGGUCACCAUUGAGGAGGACCCUGGCACACCCACCUCCCACGUUUCCGUAGUCACCUCCGACGACGGCACCACGCGACGCACAGAAACCAAGGUGACGAAGAUGGUGAAGACGGUGACCACGCGGACGGUUCGACAGGUGCCCCUGGGCCCCGACGGCCUGCCCCUACCCGAGGGCUCCUCCCCGCUGGGCAGCUACACAGACUCCAUCGACCGGCGCUACCUGAAGAACGGCGAGCGCUAUAUCACCACGCCGCAGGCCACCUCCACGCUCACGCGCUCCUACAACAACUACAACGACUCCUACACCGACACGCUCCCCCCCGAUGCCGGCGGGAGCCAUUAUGGUGGACGCCACUAUGGCCUCCACGACGGCUACGGGAUUGGAGACGUGACAGACAACUACGGCAGCCUGUCGCGUGGCGUCAACUUCCGGCCGCCCCGCUAUCCCUACGCCAUGGCUAACAGCUACCGGACGGAGAACAGCUACGGGACCUUACCCAUUCGGAAGGAUGACUACGGCCACGUGGCCCAGCCUCAGGUGCCCAUGGGCAGCAGCAGUGUGGACCUGAACCGGUCCCAGCCAGAACGCUUCCAGCCAGAGCCCUACGGACUAGAGGACGACCGCCGCAGCCUGGGCCCUGAGGAGGAGGAGCCCUAUGACCUGGACCCUGACUACUCCACCGCCAGCCGGCGCCAAGGCACGCUGCCUGGCACCAACCGCGGCAGGACCGUGAGAGAGCCACUCCGUGACGGGCCACGUGUCAGGGGGUACGAUGACCCCAUCGAGGCAGAGCUGGUUGACGAGCGACACCCCUACAUCCAUGGCAUGUACGCGGCCCCCCUGGCCCAGCCCGAGAGGGGGAGCAUGGCCAGCCUGGACCGCCUGGCUGGCCGCCGCUCGCCCUCCAUAGACAGCAUCCGCAAGGACCCGCGCUGGCGUGACCCUGACCUGCAAGAGGUCAUCGCCAUGCUGGGCCACCCUAUCGACCCGGUCAAGUCCAACGCCGCCGCCUACCUGCAGCACCUGUGCUACGAGAACGACAAGAUCAAGAAGGAUGUGCGCCAGCUGAAGGGGAUCCCUGUGCUGGCAGGGUUGCUGGACCACCCCAAGGCUGAGGUCCACCGCAAGGCCUGUGGAGCCCUGAGGAACAUCUCCUACGGCAAGGACCACGACAACAAGGUGGCCAUCAAGAACUGCGAUGGUAUCCCAGCCCUCAUCCGCCUGCUGAGGAAGACCAACGACAUGGAGGUCCGUGAGCUCAUCACAGGGACCCUGUGGAACCUGUCUUCCUAUGAGCCUCUGAAGAUGGUGAUUAUAAACCACGGGCUUCAGACUAUGACCAACGAGGUCAUCAUCCCCCACUCAGGCUGGGAGCACGAACCCAACGAGGACUCCAAGCCCCGCGACGCAGAGUGGACCACCGUCUUCAAGAACACCUCUGGUUGUCUGAGGAACGUGAGUUCGGACGGGGCCGAGGCGAGGCGCAGGCUGAGGGAGUGUGAGGGGCUGGUGGAUGCUCUGCUCCACGCCCUGCAGUCAGCUGUGGGGAAGAAAGACAUGGACAACAAGUCUGUGGAGAACUGUGUGUGUAUCAUGAGGAACCUGUCCUACCACGUUCACAAGGAGAUCCCAGGGGCCGAGAAGUUCACAGACCCAUCAGUGCAGCAGGCUCCGGGUUCUGUGGGCCCUCAGAGGAAGAAGAAGGACGACGCAGGCUGCUUCGGAGGGAAGAAGGCCAAAGAGGAGUGGUUUAAUCAAGGCAGGAAAAACGGAGAGAAUGCCAAAAGCUACGACACGCUGGAUCUCCCCAAACGCACUGAACCCACAAAAGGUUUUGAGCUGCUGUACCAGCCAGAGGUAGUGAGGCUGUACCUGUCUCUGCUCACUGAGAGCCAGAACUACAACACUCUGGAGGCUGCAGCAGGGGCCCUGCAGAACCUCAGUGCCGGACAGUGGACCUGGUCCAACUACAUACGAGCCACUGUGAGGAAGGAGAAGGGUCUUCCCAUCCUGGUGGAGCUGCUGCGUUCUGAUGCUGACAAGGUGGUCCGAGCCGUGGCCAUCGCCCUGCGUAACCUCUCCAUCGACCGCCGCAACAAAGACCUGAUCGGGAGCUAUGCCAUGAGGGAUCUGGUGAGUAACCUGCCCAGUGGUCAGCAGCGGCCAGCUAAGAACCUGGAGGAAGACACAGUGGUGGCCAUCCUCAACACCAUCCACGAGAUCGUGACGGACAGCUCCGAGAACGCACGCUCCCUCAUCCAGGCCCAGGCUAUCGAGAAACUGGUGGCCAUCAACAAGACAAGCCAAUCACCACGUGAGAACAAGGCUGCCUCCCACGUGCUGCAGACGGUGUGGAGCUACAAGGACCUGAGGAACGCCCUGACCAAGGAAGGAUGGAAUAAGAGCCACUUCCAGUCUACAGCAAGCGGCGCCCCUAAAGCAGCCAAGAAUGGCAAACCAGGCUACGACGACACUACCCUGCCCCUGAUGGAGAAGAACCAAGGUCAGUCUGUGACGGCAGGCGAGACUGGGGAUCCUCCGGGCCUGGCCUACUGUGGUGAACUGAGCACCAAGAAAAAUGGAAGUGGUGAUAUGAUACCUAUGGACGAGCUUGGUCCAGAUGGCUACUCCACCAUCGACCAGAGAGACAAGGACUGCAAGUACAAGAGUAGUGGAGACGGGUCAGUGGACCUGACAGAACGGGAGCCAUUGAAGAAUGAGACAAAUACGAAACACUAUGUCAGGAGUAACAGGCCUGCAGUCAAUCUGGUGGAUGCUUGUGACGUUAAACCUCAGCCUGUUGACUCCUGGGUCUAAAUGCAUGCAUGGCUUAAAUAACAACAGCGCAACAUCUCAACUAGAUGAGGAUUUCCCACGUCAUCACUGCCAUAACACAUGGAGCUUAUUUUGAUGUUGACUCGUCAGCAGAUAGACUUUGUAAAUGAAAGAGAGAGAAACAAAACAACAAAAAAUGAUCAUCCAUCAGCCAAUGUUUCAUGCUUUUUGAAUCAGCAAAUGAAAUGUAUAGAACAGAAAAUCAAAAAAUGACUACUUCUACUACUUCUCAUAUCUACAUUCCCACUGGAUGGACAAACAUAGUGUACACGAACAUGAGGACUGACUGGAGCAGCUCUAGUGUCAGGAUGGAAGAAUGGAGGCAGUUAUCCUCCUCGGGAUACAAGUGUUCUAAAGCUCUGUCUUUACGCUUCCUCUAAGGAUGGUUGGUGGUGGUGUGAGGCAGGAGAGAACGUUAUGUUUGUUGAUUCUACUGCUUGCAAAGGUGGAGGGAAAGGGGAAAGAGAAAAUUGAACUAUUUAAUUUUCAUGUCAAAAUGAAGUUUGCUUCCAAUUGUUUAUUUCCAUGUAACAAUUUAGCUUUUUGUUUCCAUGUUUAUUUUUGUUUGUCUUUCCUCAAGGCACUGUAAAUUGUAUUUGUUUGUAAUAUUGUUUUUAUUUUGCUGGUCUGUCUUUUUCAUUUUAGUUUGAAGAAGUGUGGACUAUUGUGGUAGAUGGUGUGAUUUUAAGUUGGGGACUUGAUGCUUGAGUGUCACUUAAAGGAGCUGUGAGAGACUCCACACAUGCGCUUUUCACACGCGAAGGCUCUCAAACACAUUUGUCAUACAAUGGUUCACUGUGUUUCUUUAAGUGCACUGGGAUCAUUGCUGUGCAACUCAUAGGGGACUGACUGGGUGCUGAUUCAGUUCAUAAACCCACAAGAAUUUCACACACCUGCAAGUGUUGAUUGGAGUUAGGGAAGUGAAAUGACAUGUGCAUUUGGUUGGGUUACUUAUAGCUGUUGAGUAAAACAAAAUGAAAAUAUAUUUUCUGAAUCGAUACAGUCGUGGUUGUUUGCUGAAGGUAUAUGAUUUACUCGGUUGGUUGCUGUUUGCCAUUGAUAUGUAAUAAAGUUGAAUAGGAUAUAAGACAUUUUGUUUAUAAAUGGAUUGUGUUUAUGAAGGAAGGGAGAGGAUUAUGUCAAGUACACUGAACAAAAAUAUAAACAAUUUCAAAGAUUUUGCUGUUACAGUUCAGAUAUGGAAAUCGGUCCAUUUAAAGAAAAUCAUUGGGCCCUAAUCUAUGGAUUUCACAUGACUGGGCAGGGGUGCAGCCAUGGGUGGGCCUGGGAGGGCAUAGGCUCACCCGAGCCAGGCCCAGUCAAUCAGAAUGAGUUUUACCCCACAAAAGGGCUUUAUUACAGACAGAAAUACCCCCCCCCCAUUUGAAGAAGCUGGAUGUGGAGGUCCUGGGCUGGGGUGGUUACACGUGGUCUGUGGUUGUGAGGCCGAUCGUACUGCCAAAUUCUCUAAAACUACAUUGGCGGCUUAUGGUAGAGAAAUUAACAUUAUCUGGAAACAGCUCUGGUGGACAUUCCUGCAGUCAGCAUGCCAAUUGUGUAUGCUCCCUAAAAACUAAAGACAUCUGUGGCAUUGUGUGACAAAAUUGCACAUUUUAGAGUGGCCUUUUAUUGUCCCCAGCACAAGGUGCACUUGUGUAAGGAUCAUGCUGUUUAAUUAGCUUCUCGAUAUGCUACAUCUGUAAGGUGGAUGGAUUAUCUUGACAAAGGAUAAACUGCUCACUUACAGGGAUGUAAACUCAUUUUUGCAAAACAUUUGAGAGAAAUCAUAUUUUUGUGCCUAUGGAAUGUUUCUGGGAUCUUUUAUUUCAACUCAUGAGACAUGGACCAGCACUUUACAUGUUGUGUUUAUAUUUUUAUUCAGUGUACAUGCUCCUGUUGUCAAAGGGUAGAACCUAAAAGCGUUUUAUAUUUUUGUUGGUUUUAUAAAUGUAUAUUAGGGUCAAAGAAAAGCAAAAAAACAAAAAAAAACAAGACUAACUUAAUUGUGUACUCAUAACAGGUUGUUUCGGAAGCACAUUCAUUGGAUAAAGGAUCACCAUGUUUGUAAACAGAAAUAACUACGUAAUUUAGGUGUGUAUAAAAUCUGUAGAGUCAUGUUAAUUACAUAUUUAUAUUUUGUACGGUUAAGAUUGAAAAAAGAAGACCUUUAAUCUUCAGCUUUCUUUGUAAAGGUGUGAUGGACUGAUGACCUGGUCUCCAAAUCUUUGUCGGAGAUUAGGAAGGGGGAGAAAGAGAGGGGAAGUGGAUAGUUCAGCAGGGGUCACUCAAGAGAAGGAUGGGUGGAUGCAGCAGCAGGGAUAGACAGCAGUGCUAGAAUUCCAUUUCAUUUCACACUGCAAUUAUAUAGUCGCUGAUAACCUAAAAACGUGCUUUGAUUUUGCCAAUGCAUCUUUAAAGAACUAUUUGAAACAAGCAUGAGCAAAUGUACAGAUGUUUAUAUAUUCUUUAAGUGCCCGUUUUUGUGGUGGAAUUGGAUAUUCAAGUAAUUCACAUCUGGAGAGAACAGAGAGGAGAGCAGUUUCGUGUGGUUCAAGGCAGAAUUUGCAUCACAUUGUACAAAGUAUACAAAGUCUGAUUUAUUAUAUUUUUUGUUUUCUAGAGGCAGUUGAAAUGUAGUAGAAGAUUACGCCGUUGUCUUUUAAAGGGACAAAAGACAAGCUAAACUGCACGCGGGUAAAGAUUUAGAAGUGGUGUUGUGAUUAGUCUUUCUCCAUCUCCAAGUGGACACUGCACUAUGAACCUUCUCUCUCCCAAUUCUGGGACCAGUGAGGGGGACCUCCACUACAGAAACGCUCAACUCAUGCUUCGUCUACAGGCGAAUGGCAUGUGCCUGCGUCAGUUUCUUUGUGAUGUGAUUUAUAAAGCUUGCAUAUUUUACACAGUGUUUUCGAAGACUUAUGUGAUAAAAUAAAGAUUAAAAAGUACAUGUAUUAACUUUUGAUUUCAGAGAAAAGUAACGUAAUAAUGUAAACGUUCUCCAUGUCGACAUUUGUCCUCAGAACUAUGUGCUUUUCAUUGGAUUAUUCAUCUCUGACUGUCUAUUCCUGACUGCAUUUUGCAGUACACAACCAAAGGACCUGGUGUUGUAUUUAUAUACAUAUGAAAGUAGUCCAGGAGUUUGUUUGUGGAUGUUCAUCUAAUUGUACAUUUACUAAAUAAGAUGCUGUGAAAGAAAUGCAAGAAAAUGGGGCCGAAAUUGAAUCAAAGGGGCAAGACCUACCUGUGUAGAUAUCACUGAUUCAAACUCUUCAAAAAUAAAGUAACUGUAUCAGUAGCAAAUGUGUUUGUAACUAUCAUGUGCCUUAACCUUUUCCAUGGUAGAUAAAGAAAAUGUGUUUCAUAUCAUGCUUUAUCCUCCCACUGUCCUCCACCCUCAUCCCUUUCUCUGUUUACCUCUUUCAUUUUCUCUUCUUUGUCAGGCUCCCUAUCCAUCUCACCUUUCCCCCUAAUUUCAGACACUCACACAUUCACCCACUCUGUCCUCAGUGUAGUCUAGACUGUUGGUGGAUAUUUGCCUUGUAUUACAUUGAAUUAUAAACUUUCAAAAGAUGGAGACAAAAAAAUGGUUUGAUUUCAUAGAGUAAGUUGUUAUUGCUUUCGUAGCUAUCAGAGCGAUGCCACAGUGACAAUGUAUUAUGUUAAUUUUACUAAUACCCAGAGGCAAGUGUUAUGCUUGUUUAAAUAAUGGAAAAAAUACAGAUUUGUAGAGUAUACAUUUGGUGUGUUUUCAAUAAACCAUGCCUGGAAAGAA